AAGGGGGACAGACAGAGGAGGGCGGGCGGUGGAGCAGGAGGGCAGGGCUGUACGCGCACAUUCUCUCUCUCUCUGUAUGCACACGGGCGGUGCGUCCAUCUUCCCCACACCAACCCAGCGUCCCUCCUCUAAACGCAGCCACCUCCCCGCCCUACCUACCUCCCUCCCUUCAGUUUAAUAACGUCAGCGAAAAGUACAAGCGGGGCGAUUGUUGACGGCGCGGACAAGGUUUUUUAAUGUGGCUCCGUGUGUCCAUGUGAGGAGGAAGAGGAGGUGGUGGUGGGGAGGGGGGAGGAAUUUGUUAUUUUUGGGGAAAAAAAGCCAAAAAAAAUCAAGGGAUUAAAAGAAAGAAAAUCAAACCAACCUUCUCCCCCCCCGCCCCCAAACCCCUCUCUCCUCCCCCUUUUUAAAACCCCCAAGAAGUGAGGGAGGGAAGGUGGAAGAGGAGGAAAAAACAAGGAUAUCCAAUGAUAUAACAACAAGACAGGCUCAGCGCAACAACCAUCUCUCUGUCUCUCUCCCCCCACCCGCCCCCUCCAAUAAAUAUUUAUAUGAAAAAGAUAGUGGAUGAUCGAUUUAUCAUGGAGGAUAAGAAAGAUGAGCACGAGUCAGAGAUACAGGAACAUUGCCCCGAACACUGGUUUUCCAAAUGGGAGAGGCAGUGCCUGGCGGAGAGCGAGCAAGAGGAGCAGACCCAGGAGGAGAGGGCGUCGCUAGAGGAAGAGCAGACCCAGCAAAAACUUUGGCAUUUAUUUCAAAAUUCGGCCACCGCCGUCGCCCAGUUAUACAAAGAUCGAGUCUGUCAACAACAAGGGCUGUCACUCUGGGUCCCCUUUCAAAAUGCCGCUUCGGCUGUCACCAAUGUGUAUAAAGAAAGUAUUGAAGCUCAUCGCCGAAGCUAUGACUUAGGAAUUCAGCUCGGUUAUCAACGGCGUAAUAAGGAUGUGUUAGCUUGGGUAAAAAAGCGGAGACGAACUAUUCGACGAGAAGAUUUGAUCAGCUUCUUGUGUGGAAAAGCUCCACCACCACGCAACACCAGAGCUCCCCCUAGACUGACAGUAGUAACCUCACCCACUAGAACACCCACAACAGAAACUAGUUCAUCUGUAGAGACUGACUUGCAGCCUUUUCGUGAAGCCAUUGCACUGCAUGGUCUUAGUGGAGCAAUGGCUAGUAUAAGUGUGCGCUCAAGUACUCCAGGGUCUCCCACUCAUGUGAGUGGUAGCUCCAACACUUCCCGCAGGAGAAAUGGACUCCAUGAUGUGGAUUUGAACACUUUCAUAUCAGAAGAAAUGGCACUCCAUUUGGACAAUGGUGGCACAAGGAAACGUACCUCAGCCCAGUGUACUGAUGUCAUCACAGACUCCCCAACGCACAAGCGCAAUCGAAUGCUUUGAACUUUUAUGAUUGCUGUGCUACUUGAAAGCCACUUGAUACUCGACACUUUCUUGAAUGGAAAUGGAGGGCCAUCAUAACUUGUUUGAUUUGUGAAAGUACAAGUGAAUUCAAUAAUGAUUGCCGUAAAGGAAGUUCUAACUAAUGCAGUAGAUGCCUCUUGUAAUUAUGGCUUUUCCAAUACUGGUCUUGUGACAGAGGACAUCCAAUCAUUUGUGUGCUAGUUAGCAAGAUCAUCAUAGGUGAACACAUUAGAUUCCAAGCUAAAGUGACCUUAACUUGUUUCCUUUUAAAGGGAAGGGUAACAUUGGAUGUUAAUUUGGUUAAACCUGUUAAUUGCCCGUUUAUUUUCUUAUGUGUUGACUGUCUGCUUCAACAGUAUUGCCAGUAUAUCACUGAUAGUCUGUUAAAAUGGCAUCUUCCGUCAAAUCUGCAGACUUCCAUUUUACAGCACUGUACUAAGACACUACUAGUUUUUGUAUAGUGCAAGCAUAUAAGUUGUAUCAAUAUUGGACUAUUUUUAGUUAAACUCAAGCAGCUGCUAAUUCUGUGGAUUGUGGAAAUGGUGCUAUGAUGGUCAUGCAAUUAAUACUAAAUAUCAAAUCAACAUAAAAGAUCUUUAUUGGAUUCACUUCUUGUGUUUUAAGUGUUGCAAAAAUUACAACAAUAAUAUUGACUUUCCCAUAAAAAUUCUAAACUCUUAUGUUUAAAUAUAUAAAUAUAUAUAAAUAUAUGUAAUGUAUAUACUAAGCAUUUGGAUGCUGGUAUAGUACUCGUGCUACAUAAUGUAAAUAAAAUGUGCACACCAAACCCUGGAGUGGAUAUCCGAAAUCAGAACUGCAUCAUGCUCAGUUUAAGCAUUUCCUUCACGUAGUGGAGCUGGUCCAGUUAGAUAAUUCAUGGGACAGAGUCUUUGACAGUGGGUUUAAAAAAAACUUAGUCAAUUACUUGCGACCGUUCACUUUUAAAAUGGUCUGCAGUAGUCUGUUAAUGGAGGUGAUUUAUUUUCAUUUGCUGAUGUUUGUGUAAACAUACUCGCAUAAACCUGAUUUUCAAGCCUGUUUGUUGCAAAUGCUACAUUUCUAUCUCAUCUGCUUGCAUUUUUAUGAAGUGAUUCUUGAGAAAGAAUACUUAGCCUUAUAAAGUCUGUUUAUGGAGAAGUUUUAACUGAUGAAUUUACACUGUGGUAAACCGGAUUAGCAAAAAAACCCUGUCACUUACUGCAAACAUAGUGGCACAACCUUUCAAUGAAUUUGCUUUUCGUUAUAAAAAAUCAGAACUCAAGGUCACUACAUAAUCAACGGCUUGAAUAAAACUUAAACGAGCUGAUGUGUACACACUAACUUGAGCAAUUUUGCCCAUUUGCACAUGCAGAUACAUCUCUUGGCAAAUGUUACGUUGUCUUCUUUUCUCACUGGGAAGCCUAUGCAAAGUGCAAUUUAAUUGUUUUAUGUAAUACUAAUUUGGAGGGUUGGCUGUUAGCCUCACCACUGAGUGUAUGAUCCAGACAGCCUUAAAAGGUUGUUUUUUUUUUCAGUCAGGCAGUCGGGUAUGCUGUAAGACAGCACUUUUUUUUUCCCUUUUACAAUAACAGUAUAAAUUUUAGACUGGUUCCCUUCCCUCUUCAAUUUCCUCCUCUUUGUGAUUUACCAACCUCAAGCCAUCUGUAGGUCAUAUCAAUAACAUUAAAAUACGGCUUCAGCAUAACUGAAGAAGCUUUAUUUUAAAUAAGUGAUCUUUGAAACUGUAUAAACGACAUCUGAUACGGGAAUUCUUACAACGGGUUGUCUGGUGAGAACUCUGGGCGCAUCUGUAAACACUGGCAACCAAUAUGAAUUUUUAGUUUAUUUUGUCAGAUGCUUAGGCUCAUUUUGAAAUUGGGAGUGCUGGAUGCUGUCACAUAAUCAGUUUAACUGGUUUUAGACUAUGUGGAGCUAAAAGAUGUAUUAACUUAUGUUGGGGGGGGGGGGGGAGAGAAUGUAAAAUAAUGUUGCUUAUGCUACACCUUCAGAGAAAAAAACCUUUUGAAUGAGCUUGUUUUUCUGAGAGGAUGGGAAGGAUAAGCGUCAAAGGUUGACAGGAGGGGGGAGAAAAACUUGUGUGCGUUCUAAAAGUCAAGAUAUGGCUUUCAGUAAAUUUUGCACUAACAGAUUUUCAGUUUACAAUGAUCGAUGACAUUUGCAUGUCUGCUUUUAUCACAUUAUUACCACAAACUCCUUUGGCUCUUUUUGCAGGAAUUUUAUUUUGUCACUUUUCUAGCUUAAUGUAAAUAGUAUAAUGUAAAUUGCAGUAGGGGUAGACCACCACCACUGAGGCAAUUGAUAUAAUUCCAUACAAUGUUUUGAUAAAUUUUGAAUUUUAAUAGUGUGCUGAAAAGGUAUUGCGUAAUGGUGUAAAGCUACAUGGAUGGCUUUCUAAGUUGCACGCUGUUUGUUUCACUUGCUAAGUCAUUUUGAUUUGGUGGAAACCACUGUAAUCUGUCAUCGCCAUUUAAGGAUAGGUAGCACUUCACUUUAAUGAGUUAACUGUACCGAACUGUUAUUUCAUCUAACUGUAGCGUGCACUUGGAGAAAGAAUAAACACCAUGCAAAUCGGACAUUGCCUUUUUCAAUUGCACUUGUUUACGUGGAAUUAAUUCAAAAUUACUUAAUUUUAGGAAUUUUCUGUCUUGCCCACCCAUUCGCUUCCAUUGUUACACUUAUAAAUGUAUUAACACUAAUCUGGGAAAAAUUAGGGUUACUGGAAGUUCUAAAUGAAACUUUAAGAUGACUGUUUUGGUAAUUGGUUUGACUGUCAAAACAAAGUUUGAUUUCCUAUUCUUGGUUUUUCAUUACCUUUUUUUCCCUUCCUGUCCUUCCCAUGUACAAGUGUGGGCAUUGUGCACUUUGCUAUAAUGUCUUUUAAGUGUGUUAAUACGGUGCCAAAUAAGUGUUCAACGGACAGGGGUCAACAGGUAGCUUUUCAGAUGUGCAGUAUUUGCCAUGUAAUAAGGUUUUGUUCAUUUUAAUUGCUGAACAUAGUUAUAAAGGUUUUUGAUUGCAAAUAUGAAAAAUGUUUUGAAGCCAGUACAUUAACUUUUAAGGCUUAAUGAAGCUUUUGGCCUCUCUUACCCCAAAUGUUUACUUGACACACUUAAAUAGUCCAAUGAGUAUUACUAUGCUUCUGGAGUGUCUAAUUUAAGUAUGAUGGUAAUAAAGAACUGUGAAUGAUAUUAUGCGUCCAGUUUGCGUGACGGAGUGUUUCAGAGUAGAUAGUAGUUGCAAGUUUCUGGUUGUUAACUAAUUGGGAGCACUGUUGAAAAUUGUUUUCAUUGUUUUUUGGUUGAUUGAAUUACACUUGUAUAAAAGUUAAUUCCUGUAAAGUUUCCUCCCUUUUGAUUACAAUUCUUGUAACUGGGUAAUGGAACAAUCACAAACCUGAACAGGUCCUCUGAGCACUUGAAUACGGAGGUAAAGGAUUUGUAAAUUUUUCCCUUCCCUUUUUGUGGGGGUGGAGAAAAGUUGAAAUUUGUAAAGUUAGCUUUCUGGAGCAAAAUAUGGACAGUGGCAUUCAAACAGUUAUUAAAAGGAAACAACAUCA